CUCUCUUUCUUUCCUCGUGUCAUCACUCAGUCUCUUGAACCCUAACCCUAAGGAGUAUAUGUCAUGGAACUCCGCUCGGGGGUCUGUUCCACAAGAUACCCUUUUUGAUCCGCUCCUGGGUUUUGCGGAUUUGCCCUCUCUUCUCCACCUCGCCGUCCGCGUUCGAUUCUGCCCCUAAAGAUCGGAGAGAACAAAUGCCAGAAGAGGAUCUGGUCGAGCUCAAGUUCCGGCUAUACGAUGGAUCGGACAUCGGCCCGAUCCGCUACUCUUCUUCUUCCACUGUUGCCAUGCUCAAAGAAAGGAUAAUCUCCGAGUGGCCGCGAGAUAAAAAGAUCGUACCAAAGGUGGCAAAUGAUGUCAAAUUGAUAAGUGCAGGCAAAAUACUAGAGAACAGCAAGACAAUUGCACAGUGCAGAUCACCUUUUGGUGAACCUCCUGCCGAUGGUAUUACCAUGCAUGUCGUGGUACAACCAUCAUUGACUAAAACAAAAACAGAAAAGAAGGUCGAGGAGCUGCCGAAGAAGACAGCCUGUUCUUGCUCUAUAUUAUAGAGCAACGAGCGACUUGCAACAAUAGUGUCAUCCGCCAUUGUGGUUCAACUGUGGUAAGAAGUGUCGAUUUCUCAAAGCUGUCAUCAUUGUUCGAUGCAUGCUGUUGCACGCAUCGGGUCGGUGCACGGCUGUGCAAUUUAUUUAUCUUGGAACAAGUUGAUCCGAUCCUUUGCAUCAAAGUCUUAUACAUGUUUCUAUAGAUCUCAUUACAGACAACAGUUUUCCCCGAACAUGUUUGUAUAUCGAUUGCAUUGCCUGCGAAUUAAUUCGAUAGACCCAAUGAUUUCUGCUCUCUUCAA